ACAUGAUGAGUCAUUUCGCACUACCUUCCGGCCAACAUUCAGUCAUACCCAAAUAUAAAAGCGAGCGUCCAAUGUGGGAGGAAUUCAACAAUCAUCCAAUAAACUCCCAAUUCGUCCAUUCCGAUGCUCGCAGCUCCGAAAAGAAUAAAAGAAACAGAAUGAUAGCAGAUAUCUUCCUCAACAUCCGCAUCUGGACCCUCUUUGCCCUCUUCGGCGGCGUCUACAUCUACAUUCAGAAUCACCGACGCCGCCCACCCUUCCCUGUAAUCAAUACCCACGCAAAUGAUUUGUUCCACCGAAAAGCCAACCAGGACUACGCCACCAAUGCCUCCGCCUUAAUCAACACCGCUUUCACCACCCACCCCACCACCCCCUUCGCCCUCGCCCUCCCCAACGCCCACAAGAUUAUCCUCCCAGCCUGUCUGUCCAAUUUCGUCAAAUCGAAUCGAGACUUAGACCACAGGGAGUUGGUGCGUCAAGACUUCUACGCAGGAUACCCCGGUUUCGAAGCUCAGGAUGUGUUGCACGCGCGUGGGGAUAUGUUGCUCGAUAUUAUCAAAACGAAAUUGGGGCAGAAUGAUGGCAUUAUGUCUGUUCUAGACGUGAAUUUGAAGACUGCAUUGCGUAUACACUGGGGUGAAGAGAGGGAGUGGCGUACGCUGGACUGGCAUGCUGAUACAACGGUUAUAAUUGCGUGCGCUGCUUCGUCGGUUUUUGUUGGGCCGGAGAAGUGUGACGAUGAGGAAUGGCUGAAGCUUGUGCAGGGAUAUGUCAUGGCAUAUUUCUCUGCGGUAGGCGAGUUGCACGCGUACCCAGCAUGGUCGCGACGCAUUGUUCAGCGAUUCUUCUCACCCAAUGCAUCUGCAUGCCGGAAAUACGUCGCCCGCGCAAGAGUGAUCAUGAGAGACGUCGUCGCCGACCGGAAACGCCGAGUUGAAGAAGCGAAAGCAGAUGGCAGAGACUUACCCGUUUGGAACGAUGCGCUUGCGUGGACACAGGCUGCUCCAGGAGGCAAAGAAGUCGAGGCGGGCGAUUUGCAGCUGUCGCUUGCUAUGGCGGCCAUGUUCACUACGAGCGAGCUGUUCAGACAGGCCCUGAUCGAUGUGGCAUCGCACCCGGACAUUAUCGCACCGCUGCGGGAAGAAUACCAGCAACAGAGUGCUAAGCAUGGCAUCUCGGUCGCUGCGGCAAAUGGAAUGGUGUUGAUGGACAGUGUCUUGAAAGAAAGUCAAAGAAGAAGUGCGGCCGUAGUCGCCCUGGAACGCGUCGCUCUAAAAGACGUCAUACUCCCAACCGGUCAUACCCUCCCGCGGGGCACACACAUCAUGGUCGACUCUACCUCGCUUCUCUCUCCUGCGCACUACUCUGACCCUGAGUCUUUUGUUGCAGAUCGCUUCCUCCGCAAGCGCGAAGCAGGCGACAACUUUAGCCAAUUUGUGCAGUCAGGUCCCGAUUAUAGUGUUUUUGGAGGUGGGAGACAUAUCUGUCCUGGGAGGUUUUUUGCUGGAAAUGAAUUGAAGAUAGCGAUGGCGCAUGUGCUAGACAAGUAUAAUAUUAGAUUAAAGAAGGGUUACGUCUCAACGCCAUUAGAGAUAGGGGUCUAUAAGGUUGUAGAUUCUAAAGUCGCAUUUGAGAUUAGAAGAAGAACAGAAGAUUAA